AACCGUCAACACGCGUGCAUUACGUAUAUGCAUUUAAGAAUAAUACCGAUGAAUUUUCUUCUAUGGUUUAUAUUUACGAUCCAAGUUAUUUCUGAUAUAUCCGUGGUGGGUUAUAGGGGGGAUACUAUAUAUCUCGUCACUAAACUAACGCUAUGGCAAAAUUAGCUUCCUAUACGAUAAAAAUGGUUAGACAACAUAGUCGGCUCCAGAAAUUCUUAGUAAAAUACGAAGCAGAAUAAAUAGCUUCAAGGGAUUAAAUGGUGAUUUCGGUGCACGCGAGGUGCUUAUUAGCGAACUUCAUGCCUCUGCCGAACCUUUGCGGGAGAGUUGCGCUGCAGAGGUCCGCGAGAGGGUCGAAGCUGCGGUAAAUGAAGCUGUACGGGCUUGGGAAGACACCAAAGCCGAAUUGGAUGCACUUUGUACAAAAUAUCAACACGCCUGCAACCUGUGGCAACAAUAUAGAGAUUCGAGUGCAGCUGUUAAAUCCUGGGUGGACACACAAAUGGGAAGCGUGGCUAAUUUACCUGCGGAGGAGGCUAUCAAACAAGUUAAGAUUUGCGAAGAAACCCUGGCGGAACACAAGGAAAGGUUGGCAGAAUUACGCGAUUUGGUAGCCCAGAUCGCAUCUGACGUUGGUUUGGAUGCUGGUGGUCCGUUACAUUGCGAGGUCGAAGCACUUGGUCGUAGACUCGAAGAUGUUCGUGAAACUUUGUCAACCCUUGCAGACACCGCUGACGUGCGUGUUUUCAACCAGGAACUUACCCACGUAGAUCUUUGUCAAACGAAGAAUUUCCUCGACACCGUACAACAGAGUUUGACAACUGUCGGACAAGAAGAAUCCAAUGAACACUUGAAACUACUGCGUAAUCAUUUGCUAGCGUUAACACGAACGGAACCACAGCUCCAAUCUAUAAAGGAUAGGACAGUAACGAUGUCAACUCAAGAACCGUCAGUGGUUGAAGUACUUCAACAAUGGCAACGGGUAUUCAAAGAAACCUUCCAACAUUAUCACCGUUUGUCCGCACGUUUGUUCAAAUCGCAGGACGUAAUAGCGGUUUUAAAAUUGUGGCAAGAACAUUUGACUUAUGUGCAAGAAUUUUUAUCCAAUCGCGUACCUGGCGAUUACAAUGGUCUCUCGGAGCACAGAAAUCUUUGCGAAGUAUAUAGAAAUUUACUAACCGAUCAACAAAAUCAUUUGUUAACCAUACACGGAAAAGAGGAUAAUAAAGAUAAUUUAAAUGUUACCGAACAAUUCAACGUAUUGACGAAUCUUCACAAUGAAACAUUGGCAAAAAUAAUCGAAAGGCAUACGGCUGUACACGAUAGAUUAUUAGCAUGGGACAAUUACAGGCGCGAUCAAAAUGAUCUGUUCGCAUGGUUGAAGGACAUAGAAAGGGAACGCAGUAGAUUGCAAUUACGUUUCAUACACCUUCACAGAUUGGAUAAAAUUCUUCAAAGGAUACAAACUUUAUUGGAAAAAAUACCAUCGGGCGAGGCCCAAAUAGAAUCCUUGCAAAAACAACAAAUACCUUUGCUGGUUGAUUGCGACGAGACAUUGGCUGUUUCGGUGCGUAUGGAACACGCCGCUAACGUUGAACGUAUUGCCAAUUUGCGUGCCGGUUUAGAAACCUGGAGAGAUUUCGUUGAAAGAGUUAGGAAACAUCACGAACAACAUGUUGCACAAACCGAAAAAAUCACUGAUAUCUUGCAGGACAUCGGUCAGAUACUUAAUUCGGUUCUUCACUCGAUUCCGGGUAAAUUGUCGCAGACCAAGGAUAAUUUGUUAUUCCUACAAAAAGUGAAAACACGUUUAGCCAAGAACAGCAACGAAUUGGAAUCCUUGAAUGUACUCACCAAACAAUUACGCGAAUGUCUCAGCCCGUCGGAUAUGAAAUCGUUGAACCAACACGUUGCACUUUUGUGGCAACAACAAGGUGAUCUGGACCAUCAAUUAGCAUUAGUCGAAUACAAACUUGGCGAACGUUGCGACCUUCACAAACGUUGGAUCAACAGACAAAGCAGAUUGUUGACCUGGAUCGAGGAUGCGGAAAUCAGAGUUAAGAAUUGGGACAUGGCACCUAUCGGUGAACCCGAAGAACUCCUCAAACGUUUCGAGUGCGAGUUGCAAGCAGAAAUAGCAUUGAAACAACGGGAAUACGAAUGGGUGUUGAAAACUGGUCAACAAUUAAUCGACGCUACCGAAAAUAGUGAAAAAGCUAAAGUGCAAGCCGAUUUGGACUUGGUUAACGAAAAAUGGUAUAAAUUGCUUAACAGUGGUAAAGUUCGUGCUAAUAAAUUGCUCGAUGUAAUACAAUCUAUUAAAAAUCUCGAAAAGAAAUUAAUAGAACAAAGAAGUUGGAUGACAAGUAUAGAAACGCAACUUUCUGAAAAUUUUAUCAUAGAAACGAUUAGUCAAAGCUGCAUCGAUAAAAAAUUAGAGGACCACGAAUACAUUCAAAAAGCUAUUCAAACAGAAGGUGCCAAAAUCGGUGAGAUAUUGAAUCUCUGUGAAAUGUUAUUAUACGAUUCUGAUAUAUGGAAAGCAUCGUUGAACACUGAUACGAUAAAGAACGGUAUGGAAAGUCUUGAACGUCGUUGGAAAACUACGUGUGUUAGAUCGGCCGAACGUAAACAAGAUAUCAUACUAGCCUGGAAAUUGUUACGCGAAAUGGAUAAUAUUAGAACGGAACACGAGGGUUGGAUAACACAAACUGAAAUUCAGCUUGCCAAUUUUGAAAAGGAAAUGCAUGAGAUUGCUAAAAAGGAUACGGGAGAAAUGUUGGAUGGAUUGAAUGUUAUUAUGAAAGAUAUCGAAGCGCACGAGCCGGCGUUGAAAAUUCUUGAACAAAACUUUGGACGGCUCGCUAAGACCAGAUUGGAACCUGAAAAUUUAAAAUCACUUACCGGUGAAACUAGAAAAAUUAUAGAUCGAUGGCUCCAACUUAGUGUCAGAACAAAUUCCAUAAUUUCAGCGAUAGAACGCGAACAAAUGGAUUAUCACGAAUUUAGUUUGGCUCACGGUGCCGCAUUAGUUGGCCUAACCCAAAUCGAUAUUCGAUUGACUCAACUGCAACACUUGCUUACUCCCGAACAACAAUCCUCACCCCGUGGUAGAUUGCAACGUUUAUCUGAAAUCGAAAAAGAAUUAAACGCACAAAACGUUCUAUUGCAAAAAGCUGACAAAUUGGCUCUAAAAAUAAUGCAGGAAAGUCAUCAGGACGAUGUGGCCAGUAUACAGGAACUCGUCGACGAAUAUCAAUCCCUUUGGAAAGAAAUUAAAACGCGCGUUGCCAAUUUGAGGAUUGAAUUAGAAUCUCAGGAAAAAUCAGAAGUCGACGAGGCCGUUCAGGUUGAAACUUUGAAAUUCGAACAGGAUACGGCUGUACAAGUUAACACAUUACCUAGAUUAAUUAGAAUGACAUCUUGCGACGCUUAUAUGUUGGAAUUGAAAACAGCUCUGACAGAGUGUCAUCAUUCAUUGGACACUUUAGAAACUACAAUUACCCCGGAACCUGUAUCCGGACCAGGUUUGAAUACAACUGCUAAAACGAUUGCAAAAAUGAUUGGAUGUUGUCAAUCAUCUAUAGAACUAGUACGUCACCUCCAUGCUUUACUCAUGGAAGAUACGAAAUUCAAUAUAGAAACAACAAUAAGCGACGAAGUGCAAACUGUGAUAUCUCGAUACGAAGCUCUUCUUUUACUAGCUAGAACACGUGAACAACAAAUCAGAGAACUCAGGUCUCCCAUUACAGAUGCUUAUUCAUUUCCAUGUAAUCACGACAGCGGUAGGCUGACGUGCCCUUUGUGUUCUCGACGUAACUGGACUCAAUUAGAUAAUGAUCUAUGGCGCCUAGAAAAAUGGUUAGAGUUUGCUGAAGGUACACAAAGUGAACAAAACUCGCCACCAAGUAAUAUAGAGGAUCUGGAAUAUGUUAUACAAGAACACAGAGAAUUUCUUCAACAUCUUGACAGUCAUAAAAGUAUUGUUGUUAGUUUAAACAUUGUCGGUGCCCAUUUGGCUGAACAUACGGAAGACACUAGUCGUGCAACAGAAUUACGUGAUAGAUUAACCAUCGCAAAUACAAGAUGGGACAAAGUAUGUGCGUCCGCUGAAAAAUGGCAAGAACAAUUGCGACGCGCGCUUAUCUCGAAUCAUCAAUUUCAUCGUAUCAUCGAAGAGCUGUUUGCUUGGAUCGAAAAAAUAGAAAUUGCAAUUAGGACCAGUGAACCAAUUGAUCUUUCCGAAGCUACGGAUAUUCUAGAAACAAAAUAUAAUAAAUUCAGGGAGUUACGAAGCGACCUUGAACACUGCGAACCACGUGUUUUAUCUCUCCAAGAAUCUGCCGAUCAGCUAUUAAAUGAACAGGGAGGAAUGAGAGCUCGACUACAAGAACUUCGAUUAAGACUGCAAUCGUUACGUCGACUGACAGGCAUCUAUUCAUUAAAAUUAGGAGCAGCAUUAGGAUUGGAUCCACGUGAUAUUGGACUAGUUGCUACAACUUCCUCAUUAGCCACCCUUUCUCGCGAUCUACUCGAUGAAGCUGCCUCUGGGACCUCUCAGCCGCACACGACAGCUGCCACAGAUGGUGACGAAAGACGUCAAAUAGUAUCAAGACGAGGAUCUAGUUUCCUAGGAAGGGUUCUGCGUAUAUCUCUUCCGAUACAAGCAUUAAUGCUGUUGUUACUUGGUGUAACUUCAUUGAUACCAUCAACAGAAGAAGAUUAUAAUUGCAUGCUCUCUAACAAUCUCGCUCGAAGUUUCACUUUAAUGGUCUAUCAUCCAAAUGGACCUCCGCCUUUGUAACAAAAACAAAAUGUCUUCACUUCAUUUAUGUCUAUUAGUAAAAACUACUACUGCAUUGAUAAAAAGCAUUGGAAAUAAGGUUUAACAAUCGUAACGUGCGAAACGCUUAAAUAUAAAUGAAACACCGCAUAUAUAUACAUAUAUAUAUUUAUAUAUAUGCAACAAUUUCAAAUAUAACAAGAUUUGUAUAUAUCAUUAUAUAACACACGGAUUUUCGUAUAACGUCAAUGACUUAAUUUAUUCUUUGGCUACAUAAUUAUGAUCUUUUAAAAUGUUGCAAACUAUAAAUAAGAUUUGCAACAUUUGUGACAUAAUAGUAUUUUGAAUAAAAUAUUUAUAUAGGAUUAAAAAGGGAAAGCAGUGACCUAUAGUAUUGAUGACGAUAGUAUUUAUGGUAAAAAAGAAAAUAAAACUAAAAAAGUAAUAUAUACCGAUAAUAAGGAUCAUCAUCUAAUUAUUACAAAAGAAUAGAAUUUGAACACACGAUUACUCCACAAUUAACGCUUCCCUUAAAAUAUAAUGUUCUUUUAUUUGAUAGAAACAUAAGAAAUGAACUAUCUGUAUGAAGUACUUGUUGUAUUAUUCCUGCAUAGAUUUACAAAUGCAGAUUAUUUACAUUAUGCAUAUUUUUUGUAGGAUAAACUAAGGAAGAUUUGCCGAAUUUUUAUUUUUAUACUUUAUGUUUAUACCAAAUUCGGUACACGAAAUGUCUAAAUCUGAUUUUGAUACAAUAUUAUGAUAAAUAAUGGUGCUAAUAUGAAAGACAGUAUGUUAAAUAUAUAUAGAAAUUACAUAUUCAAAUUUGUUACUUCACUGCAAUUGGUCAUAACUGUGCUGAAACUUUGUAAAUAUUAUUUAAUAAUACCUUAAGAUGAUAUUAAUAUCAUAAAAAAUAAAGAAUAUAUAAUUUGUGAAUAUGCGUGAUGAUAAAUACGCACAGAAUGACAAGAAAUUAAUUAAAUACAUAAAUACUGACUUA